AAGCUCCUCAGCAACACCUCCAAAACACCCAAUACAAACAAAGAUAAAAAGCCAAAAACAAACGUCACACUAUAAAAAAGAAAGAAAGAAAACACAAAAUGUCCCUCCAAGCCCAGGCAAGAUCCACCUACCGCGCCCUCCUCCGCGAACUCCCACGCCGCAGCCUCUCAAACCCAACGCCUCUCCACAACCGCAUCCGCGAGCUCUACCGCGACCAGAUCAAAUCGGCGAACGAAGAAACGCUGCAUGCUCAUAUCCAGGAGGCGGAGCAGGUGGCGCAGUAUGCGCGCGCACAGCGCCAAUAUCUUGCGCUUGUUGAACGGUAUAACCCGGGCAUGACGUUGGAUGAGCAAGAGAAGAUUAGGCUUACGGCUAGACGGGUUGGAAUGAAUUUGCCUAUUGAGGCUAAGGAUCGGAAGGAGGAGUGAAAGAUUUAGGGGUACACUGGUUGUACGGGGUGGAUGGGGGUAUGGUGAGGAAAGAAAAAGUUAUGGUGGUAGAACUUGUGGGUUCAUCUAUACGUGGAGUUCGGGUGUCUUGUAUGAUUGUGUUAUUGUGUCAUUUAUAGAUUGUAUAUUAUUCUAUGGUAUCUGGCUG